AUGCGUCUCGAGCUUCCCAUCCGUAUCCGCGCUGCGGUGCCUGGGGCCGAAUUCCGGGCUGCUGCCUACCUCCGAGCAGCCUGCUUCUACCAGUACAACUGUACCAACUAUGCGCAGCGGGCCCACCUGCGCAACAAGACCACGGCGACAUGGGAGUCCCUGGAGACACGCGUGGCUGGCAAGGACGAGGACUACCGCGGCGUGGUGGUGCUGCCCUUCAUCGCCACCGUGGCGCGCCAGCCACCCGACUCGCCCAGCGCCCAGCUGAUCCAGGAGCUCUUCGACGACCUCAUCGACCGCUCCGUCCAGCUCCCGGGCCUGGCCCACGGCGAGGAGGAGCUGGUGGUGGGCAGCCUGGACGUGAACCAGGGCCUGAGCCUGCCCUCCGAGGACCUGGGUGUGUGA